CCUCAUGCUCGCCUCAGCCUCCCAAAGUGCUGGGAUUAUAGGAGUGAGCCACCACGCCUGGCCCAGAUUUGUACUUUUGAAAGCUCUCACUGGCCACAGGGUGAAGAAUGGGUUGAAAGAGGAGAUUGGAGGCUAUGGUAAAAGUUCAGGAGAAAGUAUUUCUUAGAGCAGCCUCCUGAGCACAUUCAUUGACUCCCUCUGGACGGCAGCUUUUAUUGAGCACCUACUGUGUUCCAGGCCGUGUGCUCUGUGUUAGCUGGGAGAUUAUCAAACUCUCUUCCUGAGCUGGGAUUCUGGGAGUCAUGAACACAAAUAGCUGUCACGCUUUGCCAAAGCUAACCUGUGCCAUAAAAAGCAGGACAGACAUGUGCUGUGUGUGGGAGCUCUGAACAGGAUCAGCAAUAAUUUCUGGCUGGAGGCGGGAUUCAGGAGGGCUUCUUAGUGGUGGCAUAUGACCUGAAUCUUGACGGAACUAGGAUGUGGGGGAAUUUCUCAGAUUGCAGAUGGCGGAGACGAUGGGGAUUGCAUUUCAAGUGGUAGGUACUGUAUGAGCAGUUUUGGAGAUAGAAAGCAGUGGAGCAUUUGGGAAAAGCAGGAUCUGGGCCAGGCUGGAAUGACAGGUGGAUGGAGUAGGGGGCUGGCAGCCAACCCUGAAGUAUGGCUUAAUGUUUAAGAGUGUGGGCUCUGGAGUCAGACUGCCUGGAUUUGAAUCCGGGCUCUAUCAUUAGUGGCUGUGUGACCAUAGAUAUGUUACUUAACCUCUCUGGGCCUCAGUUUCUUUAUGUGUAAAAUGAAGAUAAAUUACAGUACCUAUCUCAUAUGGUUGUCUUGAAGAGUAAACAGGUUAUUCAGUGUGGUGGUAACAAUGGUACCUAAAUGUACUAAAUGGUCUAUAAAUAUUAGCUGUUGUAUCUUGGAGAAGCCUCAAAUGCCAGAAUAAGGGACUUGGGCUAUCUCUUCUGAGCAGUGGAAGUUAUAGAUGAUGGUUCAUGCAUACAGGAGACAGUUGAUCAAAACCGGGCUUGAGCCGUGUGCUGGGAGGGGAGGUUUGAGAGAUUAGUGGGCAUGAUCCUGCAGUUCUGGCAGGGAGGAGAGGAACAUCUUAGAUGCCGGGGGUGGGCUGAGCUGGGGCUGAACCCUGGAGCGGCGGUGAUGUCAGGGCCACCGUCCCAGGCCCCGGAGGGAAGAGAAUUUGGGGUGGAGGGUGAGCAAUGGGUGGGAGCUCCCCCCAGGGCGGAGCCGAGCUCCACAGUGCUGCAGCCCGCGACCGGGCCUCGUGGGCGCAGCCUUCACGCCACAUCCAGCCCCCAGUGCAAAGCGCUCUGCUGCGAGGCUGGCAGGCCUGUUGCAGCUCAAGCUCCUGCACUGGUAGGGUCCCCCCCAGUACCCACCCCAGCCCAUUUCUGCCCUUUGCCUUCCCCUCUGCCAAAUAGGGGCUGGGGAGUACCCCUUUGCCUGUUUACCAGCCAAGAGCCUCCAACCUUGUGCCCCCCAUAAUGAGACCAUUCUCUGGGUCCCAGCCACACCUAUUCCCCCCACAGCCUCCUCCAUGCCUCACCUUCGUGUUCCUUCCUGCCCGACUCCUUCCCUGUCUUCCCCACCUCUGUAGCUCUUCACCAUGCAGGCUCGGCUCAAGGCGCCUGGGCUCUGUCGCCACCUGGGUUCCCUGGCAGCCUGGUUGCCAUGGCACCAUGGGAGCAGUUCUGGUGGAACAACAGCUCUGGGAAACCAGGGCGGGCAAUCCCGGGGCCCAGCUCCUGCCACGCGUGGAGACCCCCCUGCCCCCUUCCCCCAGCUGAGCAGAGGAGGCCAUGAGGAGAAAAAGGAAGCUGCCCCGCAGGGCUGCUCUUUACCUUGUGGAGGGUGAUGCCCCAGGCAGUGACCUGAGCACAGCGGUUGAUAGUCCUGGGAGCCAACCCCCCUACCGGCUGAGCCAGCUGCCCCCCUCCAGCAGCCACAUGGGGGGCCCCCCUGCUGGAGUGGGCCUUCCCUGGGCUCAACGGGCACGCCUCCAGCCAGCCAGUGUCGCCCUGAGGAAGCAGGAGGAGGAGGAGAUAAAGCGCUCCAAGGCCCUAUCGGACAGCUAUGAACUCUCCACAGACCUGCAGGACAAGAAGGUGGAAAUGCUGGAGAGGAAGUAUGGGGGCUCCUUCCUGAGCCGCAGAGCUGCCAGGACCAUCCAGACAGCCUUCCGCCAGUACCGCAUGAACAAGAACUUUGAGCGGCUACGCAGCUCAGCCUCAGAGAGCCGCAUGUCCCGCCGCAUCAUCCUUUCCAACAUGCGGAUGCAGUUCUCCUUUGAGGAGUAUGAGAAGGCACAGAACCCCGCGUACUUCGAGGGCAAGCCUGCCUCGCUGGACGAGGGUGCCAUGGCUGGUGCCCGGAGCCACCGGCUUGAACGGGGGCUCCCAUAUGGGGGCUCCUGUGGUGGGGGCAUCGAUGGUGGUGGAAGCUCCGUCACCACAUCUGGAGAGUUUUCUAAUGACAUCACAGAACUAGAGGACUCCUUCUCCAAACAGGUAAAGUCUCUGGCUGAAUCCAUCGACGAAGCCCUGAACUGCCACCCAUCAGGGCCCAUGUCUGAGGAGCCAGGUUCAGCCCAGCUGGAGAAGCGGGAGUCAAAGGAACAGCAAGAGGACAGCUCGGCCACAUCCUUCAGUGACCUUCCCCUCUACCUGGAUGACACAGUUCCCCAACAAUCCCCUGAGCGACUGCCCAGCACAGAACCCCCACCCCAGGGCCGGCCCGAGUUCUGGGCGCCAGCCCCUCUCCCACCAGUUCCUCCACCAGUGCCAUCAGGAACCCGGGAAGAUGGUAGCCGUGAGGAAGGCACUCGCAGGGGUCCCGGGUGCUUGGAGUGCCGGGAUUUCCGGCUGCGGGCCGCCCACCUUCCCCUACUUACCAUUGAGCCUCCUAGUGACAGCUCCGUGGACCUGAGUGACCGCUCAGAUCGCGGCUCUGUCCACCGCCAGCUGGUGUAUGAGGCUGAUGGCUGCAGCCCCCAUGGGACCCUGAAGCACAAGGGGCCACCAGGCAGGGCCCCGAUCCCACACCGCCACUACCCAGCCCCUGAGGGCCCAGCCCCAGCCCCACCAGGGCCCCUGCCACCAGCCCCCAACAGUGGCACUGGGCCCAGUGGUGUGGCUGGGGGUCGGAGGUUGGGGAAGUGCGAGGCAGCAGGCGAGAACUCUGAUGGUGGAGAUAAUGAGAGCCUCGAGAGCUCCAGCAAUUCCAAUGAGACCAUCAACUGCAGCUCCGGCUCCUCUUCUCGGGACAGUCUAAGGGAGCCUCCGGCCACCGGCCUGUGCAAGCAGACUUACCAGCGGGAGACAAGGCACAGCUGGGACUCGCCAGCUUUCAACAAUGAUGUGGUCCAGAGGCGGCACUACCGAAUCGGCCUCAACCUUUUCAACAAGAAGCCAGAGAAGGGUAUCCAGUAUCUGAUCGAGCGGGGCUUCCUGUCAGACACACCGGUGGGAGUGGCUCACUUCAUCCUGGAGCGGAAAGGCCUCAGCCGGCAGAUGAUAGGGGAAUUCCUAGGGAACCGGCAGAAGCAGUUCAACAGAGACGUGUUGGACUGUGUGGUGGAUGAGAUGGACUUCUCCUCAAUGGAUCUGGAUGAUGCACUCCGGAAGUUCCAGUCCCAUAUCCGGGUUCAGGGUGAGGCCCAGAAAGUGGAGCGACUCAUCGAAGCCUUCAGCCAGCGGUACUGUGUCUGUAACCCAGCCCUUGUGCGCCAGUUCCGGAACCCAGACACCAUCUUCAUCCUUGCUUUUGCCAUCAUCCUCCUCAAUACCGACAUGUACAGUCCCAGCGUCAAGGCUGAACGAAAGAUGAAACUAGAUGACUUCAUCAAGAACCUGAGAGGGGUUGACAAUGGUGAAGACAUCCCCCGAGACCUCCUGGUGGGCAUCUACCAGCGCAUCCAGGGGCGUGAACUGCGGACCAACGAUGACCAUGUGUCCCAGGUGCAGGCUGUGGAGCGCAUGAUUGUUGGAAAGAAACCAGUCCUGUCUCUCCCUCACCGUCGACUGGUUUGCUGCUGCCAGCUCUAUGAGGUGCCAGAUCCAAACCGCCCCCAGAGGCUAGGGUUGCAUCAGCGAGAGGUCUUCCUCUUCAAUGAUCUCCUUGUGGUCACCAAAAUUUUCCAGAAGAAGAAGAUCUUGGUGACGUACAGUUUCCGUCAGUCUUUCCCCCUCGUGGAAAUGCACAUGCAGCUCUUCCAGAAUUCAUAUUACCAGUUUGGGAUCAAGUUGCUGUCUGCAGUACCUGGUGGGGAGCGAAAAGUCCUCAUCAUCUUCAAUGCCCCCAGCCUCCAGGACCGGCUGCGCUUUACAUCCGACCUGCGCGAAUCCAUUGCGGAGGUGCAGGAGAUGGAGAAAUACCGUGUGGAGUCGGAGCUGGAGAAGCAGAAAGGUAUGAUGCGGCCUAACGCCUCACAGCCUGGAGGGGCCAAGGACUCAGUGAAUGGGACGAUGGCCCGCAGUAGCCUGGAGGACACUUACGGGGCAGGCGAUGGGCUCAAACGGGGCGCACUCAGCAGUUCCCUGCGAGACCUCUCUGAUGCAGGGAAGCGGGGGCGGCGUAACAGCGUGGGAUCGCUGGACAGCACCAUCGAAGGGUCUGUUAUUAGCAGUCCACGCCCUCACCAGAGGAUGCCACCUCCGCCCCCACCCCCGCCGCCAGAGGAGUACAAGAGCCAGAGGCCCGUCUCCAACUCCUCAUCCUUCCUGGGCUCCCUAUUUGGAAGCAAGCGGGGCAAGGGGCCCUUCCAGAUGCCACCACCGCCAACAGGCCAGGCCUCUGCCUCCUCUUCAUCUGCUUCUUCCACGCACCACCACCACCACCACCAUCACCACGGCCAUAGCCACGGUGGCCUGGGGGUGCUGCCUGAUGGGCAGUCCAAGCUCCAGGCCCUGCAUGCCCAGUAUUGCCAAGGACCAGGCCCUGCCCCGCCACCCUACCUCCCACCCCAGCAGCCCUCUCUUCCCCCACCUCCCCAGCAGCCCCCACCCUUGCCCCAGCUAGGCUCCAUUCCACCGCCUCCCGCCUCAGCCCCACCUGUGGGGCCACAUCGCCACUUCCACGCCCAUGGCCCAGUCCCAGGGCCCCAACACUAUACCUUGGGCCGGCCAGGCAGGGCACCCAGACGGGGAGCUGGAGGACACCCUCAGUUUGCUCCACAUGGCCGCCACCCCCUGCACCAGCCCACAUCCCCACUGCCCCUGUACAGUCCUGCUCCCCAGCACCCUCCAGCCCACAAACAGGGCCCUAAGCACUUCAUCUUCAGCCACCACCCACAGAUGAUGCCAGCAGCAGGCGCGGCUGGGGGCCCUGGAUCCCGGCCACCAGGGGGCUCCUACUCCCACCCCCACCACCCCCAGUCACCAUUGUCACCGCACUCACCCAUCCCGCCCCACCCCUCCUACCCACCCCUUCCCCCACCCUCCCCCCACACCCCGCACUCACCCCUUCCGCCCACCUCCCCCCAUGGCCCGCUGCACGCCUCUGGGCCCCCUGGCACAGCCAACCCCCCCAGUGCAAACCCCAAGGCCAAGCCAAGCCGGAUCAGCACCGUGGUCUGAUGAAUGGAGAGAGUGAGCUGGGGAACAGGAAAGUCUGGGGAACCACAGGAGAGGGACCUUACACCCUCUUUGCUUCCUCGGUUUUUUCAAAAAUAUAUAUACACAUAGCAAUGUCCUCCUCCCCAUGUCCUCCCUGCCUUGGGACCCGUCCCCUCACCCCCAGCAGUUGCCAUGGGGUUUCCUUCCAGAUUCGAGGAUCCUUGCCACUUGAAGCCUGGACUCAGGGUGCUCCAGCGCUGGGGAGUGGUGAGGGCCUUCCAGAGAUCCUCGUUCUCUUUCUCCUGUCUUCUUCUUCCCCACUUUUCCCUGGAGGUCUAGCUCUGUGGCCUCAGACCUCUGGGCCUGUGUGAGCUCCCUGUCAGCUCUGGCUGGCGGAGAAGGGCAGGUGUCCAAAGCUGUCGAGGUGAAGGCUUCCUCGGGGCUCCUCUGGCCGUGUGGGGCUAGGAGAGUGCUCUGUAGAGUUGUGGUCAAACCUCAGCUGGCUUGGCCCUCUCUCUGACCUCAGGGCCUGGCCACACACUUCCAUGUGUCUUUUUGCCUGCUGGAGGACACGGACUGUCGAUGCACUCGGUGGGUGGGACCCUGCUUAUGUUGGCCCCACGUGGGGCAGUGCUUCCUCUCUCGAGCCAGUCUAUGCCCUUUCUCCAGUAGGCCCCAGCCCAGACCUCUUCGGCUUCAGGAACUUGCCUCGCCCUGCAACGUUCUUAUCCUGAUCGAAGUCCAGACAGGUUUUGGGGGGGCUCAGGUCUGGGAUGAGAAGGGCACUGCCCUUCCUCACCCAUAUUGCAUGCCCCCCCAUUCCCUUACACCUACCCCACCUACAACUGAAGACAAUGCACUUUACAGAUAUCGCCCACACACACCGCGCUGGGGCAGGGCACCCAGCAUCAGCCCUGGGGAGAGAGGCUCCCAAAGGGCCACCAUGAGCCCAAGAUGUCCUUCCUGAGGCAGAGAUUGAAGCCAUCAGAGCUGGGGUUGGGAGCCAGAAUGCCUGAGUCCUUCUGUCCAUCAGAAUCUCCGCUGCCUCUCCAGCCCUUUUGCAGCCCUGUUUAUUUAUUAUAAAUAUAUUUUUUACAAGCCCCAGCUCCUCUUCUUGCCCCGCAUAUCCAGCUCCUCACUCAGCUCCUGUCUCCCUCUCCCCUCUCCACCAUGGGCUACAGUACAGACAGACAGAGGGACCCUGGCUGUACGAAGGGCCAGGGCCACUGGGGCUUGGGGGCGGGGGAGGGUGACAGUGGAAGGGGCUGUAUGGAGAGGAGCUGGGGUACAGGCAUUGUCUUUUUUCCUCCUUGUAUAUAAGAAUGUAUAUUUGAUGCCUCAUAAAAGACCUUGUGCUCACC